AAGCUCCUCCCACAAACCCUGGAGAAUCAAACACACUGAAGAUACUCAAGAACAAAGAGAGUUGAUUGAAGAAUACAGGGAGAGUGAAGAAAAACAUUGAGUUCCUCUCAAACCAAACAGAAAGAUUUGAAGAAAAGAAGAGUCAUGAAAUCUGUCACGUGCACUCAGUGUGGAAAGAGUUUGUCAUGCAAUCAUAGUCUUAAUUUUCACAUGAGAGUUCACACUGGAGAGAAACCGUACACGUGUUCACACUGUGACAAGAGAUUCAGUCGUUCAGGGACUCUGAAAACACACGAGAGGAUCCACACCGGAGAGAAACCGUACACAUGUGAUCAGUGCGGGAAGAGUUUCAUUCAACAAUCAAACCUUAAGGAACACAUGAUGAUCCACACUGGAGAGAAACCACACAAGUGUUCACACUGUGAAAAGAGAUUCUUUUGGGCAGGACAACUGAAAAAACACAUGAUGAUCCACACUGGAGAGAAACCUUACCCAUGUGAUCAGUGCGACAAAACAUUUCUGAGGGUUUCAGACCUGAACCAACACCUUAAAGUUCAUACAAGGGAGAAACCACAUUCAUGUAAUUUGUGUAAAAAGAGUUUUUCACGUCUACAAAAUUUGAAAGUACAUCAGAAACUACAUACUGGUGUGAGAGAGUACAUGUGCUUUGUGUGUGAAAAGACUUUUGCUAAAGCAAAUUGUUUAAAAACGCAUGAGAGGAUCCACACUGGAGAGAAACCUUACAAGUGUUCACACUGUGACAAGAGAUUCAGUCAGUCAACAAAUCUGACAUCACAUAAGAGGAUUCACACUGGAGAAAAACCGUACAAGUGUUCACAUUGUGAUAAGAGAUUCAUUCAGUCAGGAGACCUGAAAAAACACGAGAGGAUCCACACCGGAGAAAAACCACGAUUGUGAUCAGUGUGAAAAUGGUUUUGCACACAAAAGUAUCCUUAAAGCACAUUUGAGAGUUCAUUCUGGAGAGAAACCGUUGAUCAAUGUGUCAAGAGUUUCACACAAUCUGCAAACCUUAAGGACCACAUGA